AUGCUUCUUGUCACGGAUGGAGGGCGCAAGCUUGAAGAUGAGCUUCUUCCGCACUGCACGGGUCGUGGUCUGGUUAAUCUUUUUGUUGGAGGGCGGUUUGGAGCACCCCGUGCGGCCUUCUUCUUCUGGCCGGGCUUCCCCAUGGCGAAUUGGAUUGUGAGGAGACGGCUUCGAAAGUGUUGCCUGGUGCUGGAGUACAAGCGCUACGAGAGCCCGGAGCGCACGGUCCUGACCAAGAAGACGGUGGACGAGAACGAGGCUGGCAGCUACGCGCUGGUGGCGACGCCCAAGAAGAGCAAGUCGCCCGCCGGUGGCGAGGCUUUCGUGGUGGACGUGAAGGAGCGCGAGAAGAACUUCACGCCCGUGGCGGUGGCGUUCCAGGACUUGUGGUACUCGGUGCCGAACCCGAAGAACCCGAAGGAGACGCUGGACCUGUUGAAGGGCGUGAGCGGCUUCGCGAUGCCCGGCUCGGUGACGGCGCUGAUGGGCUCGUCGGGCGCUGGCAAGACGACGCUGAUGGACGUGAUCGCCGGCCGCAAGACGGGCGGCACGAUCAAGGGCAAGAUCCUGCUGAACGGCUACGAGGCGAACGACCUGACCAUCCGUCGCUGCACGGGCUACUGCGAGCAGAUGGACGUGCACUCGGAGGCGUCGACGUUCCGCGAGGCGUUCACGUUCAGCGCGUUCCUGCGCCAGGACAGCAGCGUGCCGGACAGCAAGAAGUACGACUCGGUGGACGAGGUGCUGGACCUGCUGGACAUGCACGACAUCGCGGACCAGAUCAUCCGCGGCAGCUCGGUGGAGCAGAUGAAGCGGUUGACGAUCGGCGUGGAGCUUGCUGCUCAGCCGAGUGUGAUUUUCCUGGACGAGCCCACGAGCGGCCUGGACGCUCGCUCGGCGAAGUUGAUCAUGGACGGCGUGCGCAAGUGCAUUGAAGUCGGCCGCACGAUCGUGUGCACGAUCCACCAGCCGUCGACGGAGGUGUUCUACCUGUUCGACAACCUGCUGCUGCUGAAGCGCGGCGGCGAGACUGUGUUCGUGGGUGAGCUGGGCGAGAAGUACCGCAAGCUGGUGGAGUACUUCGAGUCGAUCCCGGGCGUGACUCCUCUUCCGAAGGGCUACAACCCGGCCACGUGGAUGCUGAAGGUGAUCGGCGCUGGCGUGGGCCACGCUGCCGGCACGACGGACUUCGUGGAGAUGUUCAAGAACAGCGAGGAGAAGCGCGCUCUGGACGCGAACCUGGCCAAGGAGGGCGUGACGAUCCCGUCGCCCGACUUCCCGGAGAUGGUGUUCACGAAGAAGCGCGCGGCCAGCUCGUGGACGCAGGCGCAGUUCCUGGUGGGCCGCUUCAUGAACAUGUACUGGCGCACGCCGUCGUACAACCUGACCCGCUUCGUGGUGACGUUCCUGCUGGCGCUGGUGUUCGGUUUCCUGUUCCUGGACGGCGACUACGUGAGCUACCAGGGCAUCAACGGCGGCGUGGGCAUGGUGUUCAUGACGACGCUGUUCAACGGCAUCGUGUCGUUCAACAGCGUGCUGCCGAUUUCGUGCGAGGAGCGCGAGUCUUUUUACCGCGAGCGCGCGGCGCAGACGUACAAUGCGCUGUGGUACUUCGUGGGCUCGACGCUGGCGGAGAUCCCGUACGUGUUCGCGAGCGGCUUCAUCUUCACGUUCGUGUGGUUCUUCAUGGUGGGCUUCACGGGCUUCGGCACGGCGCUGCUGUACUGGAUCAACGUGUCGCUGCUGAUUCUGCUGCAGACGUACAUGGGCCAGUUCCUGGCGUACGCGCUGCCGAGCAUGGAGGUGGCCGCCAUCAUCGGUGUGCUGAUGAACUCGAUCUUCUUCCUGUUCAUGGGCUUCAACCCUCCGGCGAACGCCAUCCCGAGCGGCUACAAGUGGCUGUACGCGAUCACCCCGAUGCGCUACCCUCUGGCGAUCCUGGGCUCGCUCGUGUUCGGCCAGUGCGACGUGGACCCUACGUGGAACGAGAGCACGAAGGCGUACGAGAACGUGGGCUCGCAGCUCGGUUGCCAGCCGGUGACGGGUCUGCCCGUGUCGAUCGACCACAUCACGGUGAAGGGCUACGUGGGCGAGGUGUUCGGCAUGCGCCACUCGGACAUGUGGACGUACUUCGGCUACGUGUUCAUCUUCAUUGCGGUGUUCCGUGUGCUGGCGCUGCUGUCGCUGCGCUUCCUCAACCACCAGAAGAGAUAA